GGGUUCGAAGAACCCAGGGCCUGGGUUCGAGGAACCCGCGCCUGGGUUCCAUCGAACCCAGGCUUGCAUGCUCUAUACUCUCUUAUCUCUCUCUCCGCCUCUGAUCGAUAUCUGUUGUUAAACAAUGAGAGAGAUCCUUCACAUUCAGGGUGGACAAUGUGGGAACCAGAUCGGUGCUAAGUUCUGGGAAGUGGUCUGUGAUGAGCACGGUAUUGAUCCGACAGAACGAUACAAUGGAAACUCUGAUCUGCAACUGGAGCGUGUGAAUGUCUAUUACAAUGAGGCUUCGUGUGGGCGAUUUGUCCCAUGUGCUGUGCUCAUGGAUUUGGAACCAGGUACUAUGGAUAGUGUCAGGACUGGUCCCUACGGGCAGAUCCCUACGGUCAGAUCUUCAGGCCUGAUAACUUCGUGUUUGGUCAAUCUGGCGCUGGUAACAAUUGGGCUAAGGACCAUUACACUGAGGGAGCUGAGCUCAUUGAUGCUGUUCUUGAUGUUGUGAGAAAGGAGGCAGAGAACUGUGAUUUGUCCCAAGUGUUGGUGCUGGGUUCCUUCGAACCCAGUAGGGAGGGGAAGGAGAAAAGGAAAGAGAAGGAGAAAAAAAAGAAAUUUUUAUUUAUUAA